GAUUUCAGCCCAUGGCGGUGAUUGGGGAUAGACUUUUUCGGUAUCUUCAUUGUUUACGUAGCUUUUCGGGUAAUGAAAUUUGACGCAAAAAAAGUUGCCCUCCCUGACUUGGGCGGACGGCGCAGCGAGCGGCCGGCCACCGGCGGCGUCAAGAAGCCGCACCGCUACCGGCCCGGCACGGUGGCCCUGCGCGAGAUCCGCCGCUACCAGAAGUCCACCGAGCUGCUGAUCCGCAAGCUGCCGUUCCAGCGGCUGGUGCGCGAGAUCGCGCAGGACUUCAAGACCGACCUGCGCUUCCAGAGCUCGGCCGUGAUGGCGCUGCAGGAGGCGUGCGAGGCCUACCUGGUGGGGCUCUUCGAGGACACCAACCUGUGCGCCAAGCGCGUCACCGUCAUGCCCAAGGACAUCCAGUUCGCCUACAGGCGAACGGAGAGCCUCAGGGCCCGAUUGUCGUGCGCCAUCCCAAGGCUGGCCGCCACGUCCAGUCUUCCUAACAGUACCUAAGUUUUGAGGCACUGCCCUCGCCAGCCCCCUCCGUGUUGGCAAAUGAAUGAAAUACUGGGAUUACGCUGGUAGGUAGGACACCGUUCUGGAGCCCGAGAAAUGUUUCUCCUGUUUGGGAGGAGCCUAAAAUCUUCAGUGCCGUUGGUUGCUUCCGGGUAAUUUCUGUCCCACUUUAAGUUAGUUCCCACGGCUGUUGCCAUUGACAUGUAAAGUGUAGUUAAAUCGCUCAGGCUGUUCCGCCUUGCAGACUUCAAGGUCCACGUGGAGUAAGGAAAAUCCUAUAAAUAGAGGAUUGUAUGGUUUGACCAGGGAAUGCUUCUGAAUGGAGGGGUGGAGUGUGCUGUGGCUCCCGAGGACCCAGGUCUCUCCGCCCAGCUGACCGGUUAGGUGUGGAAGGGGGUUGAUUGACGUGACUUACUUUUGUUCCUGUUGUUACCAAAUAAGGAAAACUCUCUCAAUGGUUUUGAUUGCUCAGGGCACAGUCUUGCCUCCUACUUUCUGUGCACUGGACCCCUGUCACGGAUGUCAUCUCAAAAACGGGGAGAAAAACGUUCUUCGCUUUUUUUCUUGAAUGUCAUGGACGACGUUGGCUGCCUGAUGACAUUUAUGGAAAUUCUUCUUAGGAUAAUAUUUCAAGGGUAUAAAAUACAAACAUUGCAAAAAAAUGUUUAUUCCACUUCUUAUCCAAAUUUUAAAAAAUAAUAAAUUUGGUAGGAGGGAUCAGUGUGUUUAUAUAGUUAGCACGUUCCAUAAUACAGUCUUUUGGAGACAUCUGUGAUU